UGUUAGCACCAUCUUCAUUUCAUAUAUCCAUUUUAAUAUAUAUUUUUUCCAUUCACCUAUUGGAGUAGAAAUUGCUCUAAAAACUUAACUAUCCCCCACCCCACAGACCAACCAAAAGCCCUGUAUGAUUAAGCCAUGGACUUAACCACAAGAAACCCUCAAACCAAAACUCCCGACUCAGAUACUGAUACCGAAACCCCACUUCAGACCCACCUUUCCAGAGCCUUAUCUCUCACUAAUGGCUCCCCCUCAUUUCACCCACCACCGCAAACGGUGGUUUCUUACAAAGAAUGUCUCAAGAACCAUGCUGCUACUCUUGGUGGUUUAGCCUUAGAUGGCUGUGGUGAGUUCAUGCCUAGCCCUUCUGCUUCGCUUUCUGACCCAACUUCCCUCAAAUGUGUUGCUUGUGGUUGUCACCGUAAUUUCCACCGCCGUGACAGCCUUCAACCACCGCCGGUGGUGGCUUUUCACUGGAGUACUUCGAGCCCAAGUCCUGGGCAAACGAGUUCAGGACCGAGUCAUAGUGAUCCAAAUUCGCCGGCUUCACCGAUUCCACAACAGUCUGUUUACCCAUCUGCACCGCAUAUGCUUUUGGCUUUAAGCACGGGUCAUUCUGGACCGUUUGAGGAGAAUCAUCAUCAUCAGAUGAAUCAUCCAACGGUGAUGAACCCACAUGGGAAAAAAAGAGCAAGAACUAAGUUCACUGAGGAACAGAAAGAGAAGAUGCAUCUCUUUGCAGAGAAGUUAGGGUGGAAAAUGAUGAGAGCAAAUGAUGAGAAGAUAGUGGAAGAGUUUUGCAGCGAAGUUGGGGUUAAAAGAAAUGUCUUUAAAGUUUGGAUGCAUAACAACAAGCAUAGGAAAGAGAAGGGUGGUUGUGAUAUUAACAAGAAAAUUGUUAAUUUUAACUGCGACAGUAACUACGGUAGUUACCAGAUUGAGAGCAAAAUUGCUUCUCUUGAUGAUGGGUCUUCUCCUUCUUCAUCUUAAUCGAGAAAGGAACAGAAGCUAGUAAGUAGUAAGCAUGGAGAUUUUUUUUCUUUCUUCCUUUUGUGGUUCUCUUUUUCUUGUUUUUCUGGUAUUUUUGUUUCUUGUUUUCUUGAUUAAUUAGUGAUUAGUGAUCACUAAUUACUGACGAUGAAGGAUCAGACAUUCAGAAUAGAAGCUAGGAUGACAAUUAAGGGAAAAUUAAUUCUCUUGCUGAUCUUUAUUAAUUAUUAACAAUCUGGGUAUCAAAUGUUUAUUUUUCUUUCUUUCUUUCUUUGUAUAAUUAUAAUCAAGAAGUAGAAGAGAUGUCAUUAAUUCA